AUGGCUAAGUGGGGUGAAGGGGAUCCUCGGUGGAUUGUCGAAGAACGAGCUGACGCCAAGAAUGUAAAUAAUUGGCAUUGGAUAGAAAAAAAGGCCACACAAUGGUCAAUCGAUAAGAUCAAGUCUCUGCUUACAGGUUUUAUCGUUGAUACAGAUAAAUGUGAGAAGUUUGUUAUCGCUCAUUGUUUAGAUUACCUUGAGGUAGUCAAAGUUAGUAAAUGUGAGGGGGAGGCUGCUGCCAAUAAUAGAAAAGCUAAGCUGAUAAUCUUCUAUGAAUGGGUCAUUGAAAUGGAAUGGAAAGGAUGUAAAAAAGGUGGUGAAAGUCCUGUCAAGGCCUAUGGAACGGUAGUAGUGAACAACUUGAGUGAGGAAUACUCUCCUGAGGAGUGGGACUUUGAGGUUUCUUGUCAGUCCACCAAACCUGAGGCUAAUGAAUUAAAGGAAUUUCUUCGAACGGAGGGAGCUAUUUACUUGCGGAAGCAGCUUGAGAUCUAUGUAACUGAUUUGAAGCAUGAGUAUGGGAAAGAUCUCAUCUUGCCAACAAAAGAUAAGCCGGAUAUUCCCAACUCAAUCAUGAAGCAACCUCCGAAUACCAAACCACUGGUUGAUACCAUACGGAGUUCUGAUAUAGCUUCCUCAAAAAUGCAUGCGGUUGCAGGAGAAGUUGAUGCUCAAAGUACUGUCCAGAUUUCAUUGCAGGAGGACUUUAUAUGCACGCCUGAAGAUCUGUAUAAGGUUUUCGUUACAGAAGAGGUACGUAUUGUUACUUACCUUCAUGUCUUCCUACUUAAAACGAUUUGA